CUCGCGCACUGUUUGGGCCGUCCCCGUGUCACGCUCGGGAAACGGGCAUCGCUGUAGUCCGUUAUUUUGAAGAUCCCAGCUGAACCGAAGAUGACGACGCUGGCACCGGAGCCGCGUCCCCACGUGCAGCUCGCCUCUGCCGCAGCAGGCGCGAGCCUCGGCGGGGUGGGCUCCGGGACGAGCGUGCCUCUCAACCGAGGCUUGGAGCGCGCGCUGGAGGAGGCAGCCUGCUCCGGCCGUCUCAACCUCAGCAGCAGGAAGCUGAAGGAGUUCCCGAAGAGCGCGGCCAACUACGACCUCACCGACACCGUAGAAGCAGAUUUGUCGAGGAAUCGUUUGAUGGACGUCCCGUCAGAAGUGUGUCAUCUGGUUGCCUUGGAGACGCUGAAUCUCUAUCACAACUGCAUCAGAAGUGUUCCGGACUCCCUGAUCACACUACACACACUCACCAACCUUAACAUCAGUCGUAACCAGCUGUGUGUGUUGCCAGCGUGUGUGUGUGGUCUUCCCCUGCGCGUCCUCAACGUCUCCAACAACAAGCUCAACACACUCCCCGACACCAUCAGCCAGCUGCACACACUCAUGGAGCUGGAUGUCAGCUGUAAUGAGAUCACGGCUCUUCCACGGCACAUCGGGCGACUUCGAUCACUCAGAGAGCUGAACGUCAGAAGAAACCUGCUCUGCGUCUUACCGGACGACUUAGCGUAUCUCCCGCUGGUCAAGUUUGAUUUCUCCUGUAAUAAGGUGUCCACCAUCCCCACCUGCUUCCGCAAGAUGCUCAAACUGCAGACCCUGCAGCUGGACAACAACCCCCUACAGAGCCCCCCCGCCCAGGUGUGUAUGCGGGGGAAGGUGCACAUCUUUAAGUACCUGGCGCUGGAGGCGUGUCGAGGGGAGAAGCUGGACGUCCUCUACCUGCCCGUCAGCGAUAAGCUCCGCCUCUCACGGCCAGGGGCCGGCAGUGUGGAGGAUAUGGUGGUUGUGGGGCGGAAGCAGGAUUCGGAUUCUGGACUCGGCAGUGACAACGGAGACAAGCGCCUUUCAGCUACAGAACCCUCAGAUGAGGACAGUGUUUCGGUGCAGAUGAGCCACAUUAGAGAGGAGGAGGGGCUUAACAGAGACGACUCCACCCACCAGAUCAGCAGCCUGACAGCAGACCCAGUGUGUGUGUUGGACAGGGAUUCUUCUUAUCAGGAGUCAGACCUCAGCUCUCCUUUCAUCAGCUACAUUAAGAGUCGAGCAGGUGAUUUUGACGAGCCUCUGAGGAUAGAAGAGGACAUUAAUUGGGCCACAGAGACAACGGCAGAGGUGCAGUUGAUCCAGCAGCUGAAAGAGGCUGUGGAGCUCCUGCAGGACCCUAACAGGGUGAACAUGACUUCAGGAGUGCGGGUGUAUCCAGCAGAGCUUGUGUCAGUGGAAGAGUCCCUAAAUGGACAAGAAAGUGAAAAUGGGACACUGACACCCAAGACUGGACAGGGGAGGCUGAGUGGAGAGUCCUGUGCUCACAGCUCAAUGACUGAAGGAAACUCCCCAACGACAUUUAGUUUGCCACCGUUUGGCCUAAAGCCUCGUUCAGCCCCUCCCUCUAUGUGCUGCUCCCCUCCCCCUCAGAACCUGUCCAUCUUACAGGCCACUCCCCCUAACGCAACUACAGGAGCAGAGCAGGAUGUGUUCCUCAGAUCUCAUAAGUCUGCAGAGACGGUGGAUCCUCAGUUCACCAUGAGGAGGAAGAUGGAGCAGCUGAGAGAAGAGAUGGAGCUGAUGGAGCAGCUACGAGAGAACAUUGAGAGCAGACUGAAGGUGACUCUUCCGGAGGACCUAGGCUCCGCCCUGAUGGACGGAGUGGUGCUGUGCCAUCUGGCCAAUCACAUGAAGCCGCGCUCCAUCGCCAGCAUCCAUGUGCCCUCCCCCGCCGUGCCAAAGCUUAGUAUGGCAAAAUGCCGCCGAAACGUGGAGAACUUUCUGGAUGCCUGUCGGAAGAUGGGGGUGCCUGAGGUGCUGUUGUGUCUUCCUCAUCAUGUGCUGGAGGAGCGUGGUGUGUUAAAAGUGUGUGUGACGGUGCAGGCCCUUGUGGAGACCGCAGAAACACACACACACUAACACACAGUAGCACGCGCACACACACGCACGCACGUUCACACGCGCACACACACACACACACACCUGCACAUAGAACAUGUCUUUCACACUCACUCACACACACACACACCUACACACAGAACAAUUCUUUCACACUCGCUCACUCACACACAACUGCAUAUAGGGCAAGUCUUUCAUGCACCUGCACACACACACACCUGCAUAUAAACACACAAAAGGCUGCCUGCUGCGCCCAUGCCAAGAACACACACACACCUGCAUAUAAACACACACACCUGCACACACACACACACCUGCACACACACACACACUUGCAUAUAAACACACACAAGGCUGCCUGCUGCGCCCAUGCCAAGAACACACACACACACCUGCACACACACACACACACGCACCUGCACACACACACACACCUGCAUAUAAACACACACAAGGCUGCCUGCUGCGCCCAUGCCAAGAACACACACACACACACACACACAUGCACACAUGCACACACACAUGCACACAUGCACACACACACACCUGCACACACACACACCUGCAUAUAAACACACACAAGGCUGCCUGCUGCGCCCAUGCCAAGAACACACACACACACCUGCACACACACAUGCACACAUGCACACACACAUGCACACAUGCACACACACACACCUGGGUUCACUUUGCCACAAACACACACCUGGGUUCGCUUUGUCACACACACACUUUAUUUUUCUAGAAUCUAGGGAUUUAUGGGAUGUUGGUCACCUGGUACACACACACACUUUGCUUUGCCAGACUCACGGGAUCUGCCUUGUUGUUUAACGCUAGUAUACAUACACACUUCACCUGUCAACACACAAGUGUAUAAACACACUCUACCUUCUGACAAACACACUCGUAACUCUAACAUAACUCACAGGUGUGCACACAGACGCUCAUCUAUCAUCCCAGAAAUCACACGUGUGCACAGACGCUCAUCUAUCAUCCCAGAAAUCAAACACACACGUAACUCUAACAUAACUCACACGUGUGCACACACACCUCAUCUAUCAUCCCAGAAAUCACAGGUGUGCACAUAGACGCUCAUCUAUCAUCCCAGAAAUUAGACAUCAGGCUGCUCUGAGGUCAGGAAUCAUCUUACGACCAAACGCUCGUCUCGCUCGAACUCCAGAGAAGAAGAAAUGUGUUGGUAAAUGUGGUGGCUGGAAACACGUAAAUAGCAAUAUAUGCCCCAAGAUAUAUUAUCGCCCCAAGAUAUAUUAUCGCAGAAAGGAUGCGUCACAAAUACAUUCAUUACAAAGCCAAAUGACACCUGCUGUUUACGGCAUGAAAAUAAUUGAGUGUACGCUUUCCAAAACUUAAGUUUUGUCUCCACAUAUGGUUAUUAUCCUAAGCCUUCAAAUGUGUCAACAUAAUCGGCUACAUUAUGGAAGGCUACAAAUGUGCAGGAAAAGCCUUCGGUCCAAGAUAUUCCAUGAAUUCAACUCUUCCACUUUCCAAGAUAUUCCAUGAAUUCAACUCUCCACUCCCCAAGAUAUUCCAUGAAUUCAACUCUCCACUUCCCAAGAUAUUCCAUGAAUUCAACUCACUCUUCCACCAUGAAUUCAACUCUCCACUUCCCAAGAUAUUCCAUGAAUUCAACUCUCCACUUCCCAAGAUAUUCCAUGAAUUCAACUCUCCACUUUCCAAGAUAUUCCAUGAAUUCAACUCUCCACUUCCCAAGAUAUUCCCAGGCCCCCGCUGGUCCACUGCUGCGGCUGCUGAACUCCAGAACGUGACGUGAGGUCGGAGUGUUCAUGGUCAGACUGAUCAGUGCCAUGCUUUGCUAAACACCUGUUUUUGGUUCUUGGUUUCAUAAAUAAGGGCAGUUGCCUUCCACUUUAAAUGUGUGUUCACAGAAUCAAACUUAAUCACACACGUGUGCACACACACCACUUCUACACACUCCAAAUGCACAAGUUAAACACACACAUUCUCUUCAAGACAAGUUGUGUGUGUGUGUGUGUGUGUGUGUGUGGAUUUCAACACUACUUUUUUACAAUAUUUUAUCUUUUCACUUGUAUAAAGUCUAUGAUUCCUCUGUAAAGUUUAUAUAUGGCCUUUAUGUGAAGUUUAUAUGAUUCCUCUGUAAAGUUUAUAUUCGGCCUUUAUGUAAAGUUUAUAUGAAUCUUCUGUAAAGUUUGUAUGAUCUGUCUGUAAAGUUUCUAUAAUUCCACUGUAAAGUUUAUAUGAUCGAUGUAAGUGCAAAGUUAAUAUAUCUCACAUGAAGCAAAAGC